UCAGGAGAUGUUGAACUCAAUCCUGGUCCUAAAACAGGUAACACUCCUAGUACUAUAUUAAGGAUGAAUUAUGCUACUCUUGUUGAUGCUAUUACUAAUAAUCUUCACAGAGUAACCAAUGGACUGUAUGCUAAAGGACUGAUACCAAUGGAAACUGUUAAUAAUAUUCAAACAACAGCUUCUUCUGAUGCUGUUAAAUCAAGUCAAUUAGUAUCUGUGAUACAACGACAGUCGGAAACCUCUCUUAAUCCAGAGCAGUAUCUUAUUGAUAUAUGUCUUGUGUUCAUAAACCAACAGCAUCGUACACUAACAGAUAUUGCUACCUCUAUAUUACACCAGUUAGGGUUUAAAAAAUUUUAUAUCGAAGAUCUAAUAAAAUCAGGUACUCUAGAGAAGUGGUGUAAAGAAGGUAUCAUGAAGCUGACACUUACUCGUGUACUCAUGAUUGGUCCUGCUGGAUCUGGGAAAACUUGUGCGCAAUGUCUUCUACUAAAUGAAGACCCUCCAACGGGCAUACCAUCGGAAUAUGUUAGUUCUUCCAAGCCACCUACUCUUUUACAAUCUGACCCACAUACCAAUGCCCCCUCAACCACUACAACUCCAGUACAAUCCUCUGGCCUCACUCCUCAUUCUAUAGUCUCUACCACUGACAGUACACCAAUAGCUUGUAAAGCUGUUAAAGCUCUAAGAAUAGCUUUUGAUGGUAAAGAGACAUGGAAGAGAAUUACUAGAGAUGAACUGCUGAAGAAAUUAGCAUCUAGUUUAAAAAAAGCUGCAGAAAAUGCUUUGCGAAGAAAGCAAAUAUUAGCUCAGUCACUUUCAGAAGAAUUAGAGGAUGCCAUGGAAAUUGAUUUAGAAGUACCACUAGAAGAUUACGAUCCUGAAGAUGUACUCAAGGAAAUUGCUGAUCUCCUACCUAAUGCAGAAGCUCAGUUAAGUGAGAAGUGGGUGUACAUUGUUGAUUCUGGUGGUCAACCAGCAUACCAAGAGCUGCUACCAUUGUUUACCACAGCAGCUACUCUUAACGUCAUCACACUUGAUAUUUCAAAAGGCAUUGAUGAGGAGUUUGAGUUUAUGUAUCGAAUUAAUGCACGAGAAUUUCCAUGUGAUGGGGGAAUGAAAUAUUCAAAUCGUAAAAUUUUCAAUUCUGUUGUUUCAUCAGCAUCAGUUCAAAAACCAAUUGAUAUUGAAUUUGUGAAACAUCAGCCUCAACACUCAUUGUCUUUUGUCCUGGGUACUCAUUAUGAUGUACUGAUUGAAAGAGCUAAUGAAAAAGAUGCUGAGACAAAAGUGGCAGAGAUGAGUAGUAAUUUGAUGUCAGAACUGCCUCAUUUGGAAAGUCGCAUUAUUUCCAAAGUACAUGGGAAUUCAGUCAUAUAUCCAGUUAAUACAAUGCAGAAGCAUUCAAGUAAAAGACAGAAAAAUAGUAGAGAAAUUUUAGAGACAAUAUCGAAAUGUAUAGAGGCUACUAUUGAAAUUGAUGUCCCAAUACGAUGUUUUGCUUAUGAGCUUUAUUUAGAAAAGAAGGCAAAAGGCAAAGGUUUUGUUACUAAAGAUGAAGCCAUUAAAGAAGGUUAUAAGCUUUACAUGAAUGAUGAUGAAGUCGAAUUAGCUUUAACUAUUCUUCACAAUAGCACAAUCAUUUUAUACUACCCUAAAAUCCAACCACAACUAGUAUUUGUUAACCCUCAAAAAAUCAUCAAUGUUCUUUCCCAUUUGUUAGCUCUUACUUAUGUCGAUUAUCCAACAGCACAAUCACUGGCAACAAAUGUAUCUAAUGAUGAGAUGAUGUGUCUUAAAAACGAAGGGUGCUUCACAAAAAUUCUUCUUGAAAAGUUUAUAGAUGUAUUUUCAGAUGAUUUUACACCAGAUUAUUUCAUUAACCUGCUUCAACAUCUUCAUAUUAUCAGUGAUUUAACUGAUUUCAAUAGCCAAGCCCAGGAUGGAGAUAAUAGCUAUUUCCUUCCUUCUGCUUUACCUCCCUACAAUAAUAGCUAUGAUAUCAAAGUAACUACAAAGCCUCUUUAUUAUGUGUGGCGGGAAGAAAAAUUGAAAUCCAAAAAUUCUGUUCUUGUUCCUCAAGGAAUUUUCCCUUUAAUUUAUGUCCAUUUGCUACAUUUGCUUGAACAGGAAAAAUAUGAAUUUGAAUUUUCUCCGCAACCCAAAUUUCGUGAUGCCUUUUCACUCUGGAUCUAUAUUGAAGGAAUACAUUACACACUUUACAUUAUUAAUCGCUAUGAACAUAUUGCAGUCUAUUUCGAUGGUCCUAACUGUUCACAAGUUCGAAAGCUGAUUACCACAACUAUUAAUACAAGCUCUGAUGCUAUUAGUGCUAAACAAAAUUAUGUGAGUGCAUUUCCUUGUCCCAAUGGAAAAAAGCAUUGCUAUUGUAUUGUGAAUGAAGAGUAUAAGGUGGCAAAUUGCUCAAAGUGUGAUUCAAAUGAUAUCAGUAAAAGUGAUGAGAGUUACUGGUGCUGGUUUGACUGUAGUUCAGCAGGUAAAUCAAUACAGGAAUUGUAA